AUGGAAACCGUUGAAGCGUCUACAGAUACAAACGUUUCUUCAUCUCAAAGUAGUGAAUCUGCUUAUACUUCUUCAACUACUCAAGCUAAUGUUAUUGCUAAGCCAAAGUUGAUGGUAAACAUAAAUGAGUAUGGGCUACUUGUCGGUGAUAAUGCAGACAAAUUAGCUACUCGGGCUGGAAAACUUGUCCGAACAUAUUGUUCGGUGAAAUACGUGAGUUGGACGAAGGUUCCAGAUAACUACAAAGAUGAUGUGUGGCUUAAGUUAACGCAAGAAUUCGAAUUCAAUGUGCCAAAUCAUUUGGCCAAACCAUGUGUUUUUCGGACUCUUCCACAAAAGUUCAGGACAUUUAAAUAUGAUUUAAGAACUGGUCCUCUCCUAGGAAAAGUCACUAUGCAAGAGAAGUUAUAUGCAUGUCCUAGUAAUUAUGACGUUGAUUUUUGGAGGAUUUUUGUUGAAAAUGAAAGCAAAGUUGGUGUUAAGGAAAAACAUAAGAACUGGUUUGCUGGGAUAUUCUCCUCUUCUAUCGAAAAAUCAAGCCUUAUACGCAAGUAUCACAACCGCAGUCAUGGAAGCAAAAACAACUCCAACCAGUAAUGCACCAAAGAUCGACCAUAUAGAAGAGGCCCUACUGCAAAAGCAUACUGAACUGAUUACUAAUGUGAUCUUUCAUUAACAAGUUAUGUUUUUAUUUUUUACAUCUUAAUGCCCAUAAUAUAUAA